CUUCGAUCGGCCAGCGCAUGGAUCAGCGCUUGGCAUCACGUUCAACCACGUUGUGUUUCACCUCUGCUCGCGAGUCGUACGACCGAUGGAAAACAUCUUCAGAAACCGACCGCCCAGGUUGACCAACGUGUUGAGCAGUGUUAUCCGGGUCAGGGCGUGCUAAGGAAAGUGGAGAGGGUUCACUGACCUGGAUCCUUCCUUCCUGCCCGCCAUGAUUUCCCAACCGUCCAAACAGCUGUCCGCGUCUUACCCACCGGCCCAUGGCUCUGGAGCCGCCGGAAGCCAGAAACCAGCACCACCACCCAGCUUGCAGCCCCCCAGUGCCACCAGCGACUAUAGCGGAAGUCUUCAACUCGGCCAGAAUCACCAUGGUCGCGAAGUAUCUCAACCUCCCGGUCUAACUGGAGAGAAGCAUCACCACCAACUUCUAACCUUCGACGCUCCCCGUCCAGAUCGCGUUAAGUCUAAAUCCCGUUCGAAGCACAAGCACAAGCACAGUAAAUCCGGCGACUUUCGGUUUCCCCGAAGAAUGAACAACCUCGCCUCGUCCGCUGGUUCUCGAGGUCUUCUGCCAACAUGGUCUGGUAGCAAGGAAAAGGAUAACGAUACCGACGAUGGUUUGCUUAGACCCAUAACGCAGGAGACAACCUGGUCGCGCUGGAGCUCGGAUUCCACCGCAGCCUUGGGUAAUGGGAGCCGAAAGGGCAGUUUACUUGAUGUCAUUGACCCGAGCAACAAACUUGGUCCCAUCAGGCGUCAAGAGAUACGCUCGAUGGAAGACCUGGAGCAAGUAAAGAGUAAGAGAAAACAAGGGGAGGAAUAUUUACGGUCUGCCCUGUCAAUGAUCGGGACCCUUGCAACGGAUAUUACCCGUAGACUGGAUUAUACGUACUACAACCUUCUUGAGAAGAUUGCCGCAUUGAAUUCGACCAUCGCAUCAUUCCAGGAGCUUUCUAGUUCUACUUCUGCCCUUUUUGACGACUUCCAGCGGGAGACAUCGGGCUUGGAUAAGGAAAUCCGGAAACAGAUGGGGGAAUUGAAAGAGUUUCAACCCCAAUUAGAGAGGAUUAAGACAUUGGAAGAUCGCAUGAAGACGGGGCGACAGAGGGCCGAGGGGCUUAACAGUCGACUCGAGGCAAUGCGCCAUGAAAUUGAUCGUUGGGACAAGAACGAACUAGAAUGGCAGUCACGAGUUAAUCGGCGCCUUCGGAUCUUCUGGACUGUGGUGGUAGCUGGCGUGCUCGCAGUUCUUCUCGCUGUUGCGAUACAAAAUUGGCCGACUACGACGAGUCCAGACCCUUCUGGAUUACCUUCGCAAGCAUUGUUUCUAACAAACUCGUCGCAUGCUCUACCACCAGAGAAUGGCCAUGAAGCAGUCUCAGAUAGCCCGAGGGAAGCAUGGCCACGAUCUCUGCGGAAUCUCCCUUCUCGUCAUCAUAAUCGGCCCUCUGGGGGAUCAGUUCCCGUCGUAGCCACGGCUACUAGAGAUGAUACUAAUGUCAGGACUACUCAUCCAGACCCACUGACAAUAUUUGACGAGCUAUGAGCGCGCUGGAUCUUUCUCUUUCCGAGACUCAGGACAACUUUCAAGGCCAGCCUCGAGACUGUCGUAUCUCCGUUGAUCUAAUAUGUAAACCAUAAAUAAUGUCAUGA